CAUGUCAUGUGACAUUCAAAAUGGCUACCUACGAAUGGCAACCACUGGAACGAAAUUACGACUUAGAAUUCCAGAGAAAGUCACUGGUUCCAGAAGCAGCCUUGUCACAUCCUCUAAAGAGCAUCACUGUUACAGAUGUAAAAACAGACAAAAGAGGUACCCAGGUAAAGAAGAAGUCAGAGGAUGUGAAAUCAUCAGGUUUUGUUGAUCCACUGAGUAUGGGACCAUUAGCCACAUCUUUUGAAGGGUCAGACCCUUUAUCACAGAUAGCUUCACAAGGAAUAAGCCAAGCACCACGGGGCACCAGAACAAAGUCUGAAAAUGGGUUGGAUGAAACAUUUGAACCCUGGUCAACAAAGAAAGCAGGGAUUCUAACCAAGUAUACAACUUCAGAAAAAUUGUCAAUCACCACAAGUUUUCUUUCAUCUGCAGAUAAAGAGAAAAUGGUAAUUAAAACUCAUGCAAGCACAACAGUAUCUGACAAAGUUCGCAAUCGCUUGGAACAACUUGACGAUUUUGAGGAGGGCUCAGUGCAGGAAAUGUUAAAUCUUAGUCAACAGGAUUAUGUUAAGCGAAUUGAAGAACUGAAUCAACAACUGAUCACAGCUUGGGAGAAUGACCAGAGAGUCAAAGCUCUCAAGAUUGUUAUACAAAGUGCCAAACUCCUGUCAGAUGUAUCUGUCAUACAGUUCUAUCCCAGUAAAUUUGUACUGAUCACAGAUAUCUUGGAUACAUUUGGUAGACUUGUUUAUGACCGUUUGAAAGAGAAAGCUGUGUAUGUUCCAACGGGAAGUGGAGUGGCCAGACCAUUACCAGAUAAUUUUACUCCUGACAUGGUGUCUGAAGGUGCCAAAGAAACUUGUCGGAACUGGUUUUUCAAAAUUGCAUCUAUAAGAGAACUGAUACCAAGGUUUUACGUGGAAGUUGCCAUUUUGAAAUGUUACAGUUUUUUGAAUGCAGGGGAAUACAAUGAAGCUUUAAGUAGGCUGGCAGACAUGAUUCGAGGGAUUGGUGAUCCUCUGGUAGCCAUAUAUGCCAGAUGCUACCUAAGCAGAGUUGGUAUAUUGGUGGCUCCUCAGAUUCGAGACCAUUUGAUGCCUUGUUUUGAUGACUUUUUGUCAACUUACAGUCAGGUUCAGAGUGACACAGUACAGAACACCCUGGCGGUACAGAAAGUAGAGAUGCCUAAAUAUCUGACUUUAUUCUCCCCGGCACUGGACUGGCUUCUUCAGUGUCUGGCUAACAAGUCCUCAGAGAAAACUCUGAUGGAAGUACUACAGAAAUCUAAGAAGCACUGUAACAGUGCUUUACUCCUGAAUUCCAUUAUCUCUGCCUUCAAGCCUGAGUUUGUGGCAGUGCGAGCAGUACAGUUUACUGAGAUGAUCAAGGAGUGUGAAGAAACAGGAUUUCCAAAGCAUUUCCUGUACAGAACCCUGGGUCUAUGUCUUGUCAUGGCCGAUCCCCCCGAGGAUCAACAACUGGCCGUGCUAAACGAGGUCUGGAAAACUGUGAUGAAACUUAAAAACCCUGGGGAUUAUAUCGGUUGCUCAGAGAUUUGGAUAGAGUAUGUUGUGAAACAUUUUGGGAAGAAAGAAGUGAACAAGAUUUUAGCUGACAUCAUUAAACACAUGACUCCAGACCGAGCUUUUGAGGACUACUAUCCCCAGCUUCAGUCUGUGGUCACCAAAAUACUUGCACGCUUACACGAUUUCUCUGUUCUCUUUUCUAUAGAAAAAUUUUUACCAUUCAUUGACAUGUUUCAAAAAGAUUCAGUUAAAGUAGAAGUCUGUAAAAACAUCAUGGAAGUCUUUGUAAAAUACCAGUUGGAACCAACUAAUGACCCUGUGAUAAUUAACGCCUUAAUGUUUAUUUGUAAAACCAUGCACGAUUCAGUCAAUGCUUUAACACUAGAUGAUGAGAGGAAGAUGAUAAGUAACCUGAUCAGUGGAUUUAUUUGUAACAUCUCCUUUGGGAGGGACUUUGAACAACAGCUCAGUUUUUAUGUGGAGUGUAGAGCCUCAUUCAGUAACUUGGAUCAAGUUUUGGUUCAACUUAUACAGAAUGUAAACAAUCUAUCCAUGGAGACUAGAAGAGUAGUCAAGGGGAACCACUCCAGAAAAACAGGCAAUUUUGUCAGGGCCUGUGCUGCCUACUGUUUCAUCACCAUUCCUUCUCUGCAGUCUCCUAUGGCACAAUUACAGCUAUAUCUUCUUUCUGGACAGUGUGCACUGUUAAAUCAAUGCUACAGCCAAGCUGAUGCUUUCUUUAAGGCCCUCAUCUCUCUUAUUCCGGACAUUCCUAAAGUUUUAAAGGUUGAAGGCAAGACUAGAUCAACGGAGCCUUUACUGGUGGAACAUAUCUAUAAUUUCCUGUCUACCUUACUAAUUGUUCCUGACAACCCUGAUGCGGGAGUGCUGUACUUGUUGCGUGGCCUCCUGAACAUCAUACAGAAUUAUACAUGGGAGCCACAGUCAGAUGCCAAAGUUUUAGUGUACACCAGGGUCCUAGCCUUAUUGUCAGCCAUGGGUCAAGACUCCUACAUCUAUCAUGCAGACAGAGUUGAUGCCAAUGAUUCAAUGUAUGGAUCAGACCCCAAAUUUCUCAAUGAAAUCAAGACAAUGUGCAGCACCCUGGUAGAGGAAGUUUUAAACCAUCUAAAAAUGCUAGCCCAGUCUGGGAUGCACAAAAGACAAAGUGUCAUUGCCUUAGAGCUGUUCCAGACAAUUAUUGCUCAUGGAGAUAUAAGAGAGCAGAGUUUAUUUUCCCUGGCAGCUAAGCUCUGGGGACUAGCUCAGAAGCAAGGAGAAUUAGACACCAAAACCAUGGUUCGCAGUUUAAAUGGAGUCAAAAGUAAAGCAACAUCUACAUCCAUAAGAGAAUACUCAGAGCUUGCAAGCAAGCUACCCCUGGAAUCCAGAACUUAGUGUUAGAUCAGUCAACUUAUCCAAAGACUUAUGUUUAUGUGACAUUGAUUAAAAAACACUUUUAAUAGACUAAGUGAUGAAUUGUGCAAAUGUCACACUUAACACUGGUGCUGAAAUUUAAUUACUAUACUUUCAACUGUUGGCAACAGUAUAGACUUUAAUGGUCUUCCAGUAUGGUGUUCAAAAAGAUGAACAGUAUGAUAUACAGAAGUACAGUAUAAUGUCUAUUACAAUGUGACCUAUUUUGAACUCAUAGUACAUUUACUAUGUAUGUAUGUGUCAAUAAAUGAGCAUCAAUAUA